AUGGUCGAACAUCCAUGUACAAGAUGUGGCAAAAACUUUCCCAAAUUAUGGAAACUUCAUUGGCAUAAUGAAAGGCAAUAUAAAUGUCGACCAAAAGUAAUUCCUCAAAUUACAGUUCCCCAAGUCAAAGACCAAGAAGUUGACCAAGAUCUGGAAGCUGGUCCAGGCCCUUCAACCCAAGCCUAUAGAGAAGCAAUAAAAGACGGUGACGUAGAACUAAAACAAUCUGAUAUUCAGCCAGAUUUAAUAAAAGAAAAAUAUUUUAGAGCAGAUAAAAACGCCCCCAAAGGCAAUAUCUGA